CGCUGACGCGGGGCGCCGGCUGCCAACUUCGCGCGCGGAGCUCCCCGGCGGUGCGGUCCCGUCCCGGCGGCGCGGGCGGCAUGAAGACGAGCCGCCGCGGCCGAGCGCUCCUGGCCGUGGCCCUGAACCUGCUGGCGCUGCUGUUCGCCACCACCGCGUUCCUCACCACGCACUGGUGCCAGGGCACGCAGCGGGUCCCCAAGCCGGGCUGCGGCCAGGGCGGGCGCGCCAACUGCCCCAACUCGGGCGCCAACGCCACGGCCAACGGCACCGCCGCCCCCGCUGCCGCCGCCGCCACCGCCGCGGGGAACGGCCCCCCUGGCGGCGCGCUCUACAGCUGGGAGACCGGCGACGACCGCUUCCUCUUCAGGAAUUUCCACACCGGCAUCUGGUACUCGUGCGAGGAAGAGCUCAGCGGGCUUGGUGAAAAAUGUCGCAGCUUCAUUGACCUGGCCCCGGCGUCGGAGAAAGGGGUCCUGUGGCUGUCUGUGGUCUCCGAGGUGCUGUACAUUCUGCUACUGGUGGUUGGCUUCAGCCUCAUGUGUCUCGAGCUCUUCCACUCCAGCAAUGUCAUCGACGGGCUCAAGCUCAAUGCCUUCGCGGCUGUCUUCACGGUGCUCUCAGGCCUCCUGGGAAUGGUCGCCCACAUGAUGUACACACAAGUGUUCCAGGUCACUGUGAGCCUCGGCCCUGAAGACUGGAGACCCCAUUCCUGGGAUUAUGGGUGGUCCUUCUGCCUGGCGUGGGGCUCCUUUACCUGCUGCAUGGCAGCCUCUGUCACCACGCUCAACUCCUACACCAAGACGGUCAUUGAGUUCCGGCACAAGCGCAAGGUCUUUGAGCAGGGCUACCGGGAGGAGCCGACCUUCAUAGACCCUGAGGCCAUCAAGUACUUCCGGGAGAGGACACCAGCCACACAUGGUGGAUUCCUGGCCCCGGAGCUCCGCACAGGAAGCACCAGAGCUGAACCGACAGUGCUGGGUCUUGGGGCACUGGGUGUGACCAAGACCUCAACCCGGCCCCCGGACCUCAGGCCAUCGCUGGCACCAGCCCCUGCUGCAAGACCUCCAGAGUGGUGCCCCCAGAACCUUGGCCUGUGUGCCGUGAACUCAGUCAGACUGCGUGGGAGAUGCCAGGCCUGUCCUGCCCAUCACUGCCUGGGCCCGAGGGCCUUGAAAAUGGGGCCAGGGCAGGCCCAAGGGAAUGCACAGGGCUGCGCAGAAUGACUUUGGGACAGCAGCCCCGGACUCUUGCCAUCACCACAUGAGGAGCCCUGCUGGGCACAGCUGCGAUGCCAGAAGACACAUGGCCACUGGCCACUGAAUGACUGGCACCCACAAGCCAGUCAGGUGCCCAGAGGGGCAGAGCCCUGUGGGGGGCAGAGAGUGGCUUCCUGAAGGAGGGGGCAGUGGUGCAGGCACCGCAGCGGUGUCACACAGCAGGCACACAGCAGGGGCUCAAUAAAUGCUUGUUGAACUUGU